UGUCCAAAGCGGCGUCAAGACGAACUGGGAAGAUUCAACACCACCACCUCCAGCAACGAAACUGAACAAUGAAACUGCUCGCGAUAUCUCCCUUCCUCGAUGUUCGCUUUGUCCCGCUUGUGCUGCUGGUGAUGGGCCUUUCAACUCCCGGACAAGCAGAAAUCACCAGUCUGGAUUCAGUUAACAUUGAUGACGUCCUAAAUAAAGCUGGAGUGUCUAUAGUAAACUUUUACGCAGACUGGUGCAGGUUCAGUCAGAUGCUCCAUCCAAUUUUUGAGGAGUCCUCUAACAUCGUGAGGGAGGAGUUCCCUGAAACCACGCAGGUGGUGUUUGCCCGUGUCGACUGUGACCAACACUCGGACAUAGCCCAGCGGUACCGCAUCACCAAGUAUCCAACAUUGAAGUUGUUCCGCAAUGGGAUGAUGAUGAAGAGGGAGUACAGGGGUCAGAGGUCAGUGGUGGCCAUCGCUGACUUCAUCCGCCAGCAGCAGGUCGACCCAGUAAAAGAGAUGAAGUCGAUGGAGGAGGUUAAUACUCUGGAUAGGAGCAAGAGAAACAUCAUAGCUUACUUUGAGAAAAGAGACUCGGAUAACUACCACACUUUUGAAAAAGUUUCCAACAUCCUUCGUGAUGACUGCAUCUUCUUGGCUGCCUUUGGAGCCGUAUCUGAGGCCGAGCGCUUCAGUGGAGACAACGUCAUCUACAAGCCGGCGGGGGAGAGCGUCCCUGACAUGGUCUACCUCGGCUCACUCAGCAAUUUCGACCUAUCCUACGCUUGGGCCCAGGACAAGUGUGUGCCUCUGGUCAGGGAGAUCACCUUUGAAAAUGGAGAGGAGCUGACUGAAGAAGGAAUCCCUUUCCUCAUCUUAUUCCACGUUAAAGAAGACCCAGAGAGUUUAGAGAAGUUCCAGCAUGAAGUGGCUCGCCAGCUCAUCAGUGAGAAAGGGUCGAUAAACUUCCUGCACGCAGACUGCGAGAAGUUCCGGCAUCCUCUGCUUCAUAUCCAGAAAACUCCUGCUGACUGUCCUGUCAUUGCUAUCGACUCAUUCAGACACAUGUAUGUCUAUCCCGACUUUAAAGACAUCAAUAUUCCUGGCAAGUUGAGACAGUUUGUGCUGGACCUUCACUCUGGAAAGCUGCACCGAGAGUUUCACCACGGCCCCGAUCCCACAGACAGUACGCCAGGACAGGAGGAGACGGGAGAGGAAGUGGCCAGCAGCCCUCCAGAGAGCUCGUUCCAGAAGCUGGCGCCCAGUGAGACUCGCUACACCAUCCUCAAUCGGGACCGCGACGAGCUGUGACCUCAGCAGCCUGCCAGUGAUCCUGUGACUCAAUGCCAUGCCCCAGGGUCAGGGGGGGGUUAGGGUUGGGACAGGCCGCGGGACAGAACAGCAACACCCAACACCCUUACUGAAGAGAGCUAUAGAGAAGAGGAGCCGAAAAGGAAGAGUUCAGUCCACGACACAACCAUGUUGGAAUAACCUAUAUUUUCAUAACUCUCUCACAGUUUUUAUUUUGGAUCAAAAGAUAGGGGGAGGAGGGAAGAAGAAAUUGUGUUAGGGGCAUUAGGACAUCAAAAGAACUGUUCUUUUAUUUUUUUUGGAGCUUGUAAAUAUGUUUGUGCUACAUGAGUCUCCUUGUUGGUCUAAAUUAAAUACAGAGUUUUCUUUAUUUUAUUCCUUUUCUUUUACAUCACCUGGCUUUUUGUAGAGUAAAAUAACAGCGCAGCCCCCUCCCUCCAGUUGUACGGUUCUUAUCUGUGGGUAGUCCAGCUCGGCCUGUGUGAUACGAGACGUUUGUUGUUUAGUCUCACUGACCUCAUGGCUGCAUCUCAAUGCGAACAACCCUGGUCUAAUUCAUUUGUACAUUUAUAAGUUAUAACAAUAUACCUGUUUGAAGUAGCUGUCUCCAUAUCUUCUCCACACACAUUCUGAAGGAAUAGACAAAUACAAUUUUAAAUGUUUAAUUGUGGCCACAUCAUUUCUAACCAUCACUUGAUAAAGAGAUGGAGCUACUUCAGCCGAUUGAGAUGCACCCCUUCUCUCCCUGGUACUAAAAGGUUAUAGAUUAUGAUGUCUCUUACAGUGCUUAUAAAAAGUAUUGCCCCCUUGGACAUUUUUAUGCGUCACUGUUUAACAACAACGAGUCACAGUGGAUGUAAUUAGUAUUUUAUUUUUCUCGUCAGUAAUAGGACUGUAAUGUCGGAAGUGAAUGAGCCCUCUGGCCAUGAUGGUAAAUUGUGUGUUUAACACAAGCCCCAAACUGCAGAAUGCCAGAACCACGUCAUCCCCAUCAUGAGUCCUGGUGGUGGCAGCAUCAUGCUGUGUGGAGGCCUCUCGGCAGCCGGCCCUGGGCGGCUGAUGGCGGUAGAAGGUUAUCGUUAUGCAGCAGAGAAAUCCUGUUCAAUGGACGGCUAUAGACGUACCGAUCUACAACCACAAACAUGCCAAAUCUACACAGGAUUUAAUAGAAGAAUGUGAAAUUAUGUUCCAGAUGUGUAAAACCGUUACAGACCUAUUGAAGUAGACCUGAGGCUGUAACUGCUGCCAACGGUGCUUCUUAAGUCUUGUCUUGAAGGACAUAAAAACUUGUGCAAUUGGGAAUUUUUAUUUUUUUUGUACCCAAGAAAUCUGAACAUCUUAUUUUUCUGUUCUUUUUCUGGCUAAAAUGCUGAUUACCUCCACUGCUGUUCACCGUUGAAAGUCAAAGGGGGCUGCGUACCUUUUUAAAGGCACAGUAUUUGCCAUAACACCUGAGUUGUGCUCCAAUUAAUUGAAUUGAGGAAAACCAUUUUUUUGCAAUAAUGUACUUUCAAAUUAUUCAAAAUUUAUGAAAUGGCUGUUUUUGCUUUUACCUGUCAAAUGUGUCGUCAUGCGGGGGGAGAAACAACUGCAUCCUUCCGUGUUUUAAAGAGCCGAGACGAGAGGGGGAAACCCACGUGAUGACCGGUGGACAUUUACAGUCUGCCACAUUCUACAACUUCUCUUAAAACUGGUUUUGUCUCUUUAUACGUCUUUCGAGGUUUUGGUUCAAGUCCAGUUCCCUGAGACGCUCCGAGUGUGAAUUAAUCCAGAAGCGGAAGCCAGAUUCAGAGUUCAUUGCUAAGUUAGUACUGUGCAUCCCUGUCCUUCCAUAGAGGCCUACAGAGGCCUGCUUAGUGACAUAUCAGCCCACAUACCCCCUGUAGCUUCUAGACCAGUCAUCUCAGAGGGGGAAGAAGAGUUCAAAAAUGAAAAGGUAAAUUAAAAAACAUUUUACAGAA